AUAAUUAAGGGUUGGAAAGGGAUAAAAUGAUCUUUUUUUCUUUUAAAUCAUAUUUUAAACUUAUUUUUAUUGUGAUGCAUCAUGGGUUAUUAUAUGCAUAUCUUGAUUGAAAUUUUCUCAUCUUCUUCUCAGGAUCUGAUCACUCAUCCCAGCAUAAUAGUCUUGUUUUCCUAUUUCUUGUGAGGUGCCCAGCACUACUGCAUACUUAGUGUUCAGGGCAAGCUAAACAUGAAGUGUCCAUCAAAAGCUGUUACAAUUUUUAUUUUCCCUCUUACAGGUUCUGCAUGACUGAUAUCUUGAUUAAAAUAUAAAUCAUGUCAUUUUUUUCCCAUUUAUGUGAAGUUUAGUAGCAAGUGGAGAGAAAAAGAUAAGCUUAGUGAAAUGCUACUUGGAAUUCCAUGACAUCAAGAGUUGCUUAUAUUUUGGGCUUUGGAUCAUGAUCGUAAGAGUUUAGAGUUGGAGGUUCUGGAAUGUGGAGAGCAGAAGUCCCUUUAUAAUGUCCAGGUCAUGUGGUUCACCUAAAGUAACUUUUGACAUAACUUUACACAGCCUUGAGCCUGAGAUGUUCUGGGUAUUGUAUGUCUCUGAUGACAAGAACAGAGAAGCAAAUAUGUGCUCAGGACUGGGAUUGUUGCAGAGCUGAUAGUGAUCUCAGAAACCACAGGAGUGUCAUGUUCCUCAGUUCCUAGAUGGAGAUGCCUUAAAAUGCCUGUGUGAAAUGCUCCAGGGCAUUAUGAACCUGCAGCCUGCAUGCUGCAGAGACCAUACAAGGAGAAAGAAGAGCUGUUUAUUGAAUGGUAACACAAGUUCUGAUCUCAGUCUGGGCACAGGACUGUGCACGUUAGUGUCUGUACAGUUAACUUACUGUGAAAAGGCAGUGUGUAGGGGAGCUCUGGCACAUUUGAAUUGGGUUUGCAGCCCACCUUGGGUCUCCUGGGUACCACAAACACACCUGAGUAUCCAUUCUCAAACUGCUGUGGAGGUGAUGAGAAGUGUAGUAGAUGAAGGGAGACUGGGGGUGAUGCUGGGGGCACAGAAUUGCUUUUACUUGUUUCUGCUUUUGCUCUUUGAGAGUAAUUUUAAAUAUUUGUAUUACAUCUCAUUGCAUUCUGUGUCUUACUUGCCAAGACUGGUUGCCUUAGUCACCAGGGCUGUGGUAACUAGGACAACAAGAUUAAGCAGGCAAAUGUAGAAAUAAUGGUAAUAACUUUCUCAACUCUUCCUGCAAUUGGCUUGUAUGAACAAAUAUCCUGCAUGUGGGUGACUUGUGUCAGCAGUCUGUUCUCCCUUUCUGCCUGACACAUCCUGAAAUCCUGCUGGUGACACUACCCUAAUCGAGCUGUGGUGGUGCCCUCCUGCAGCUGGAAUAAGCCUGUCAGGGCCAUGGGAAUGUUGCUGUCCACCUCCUUCCUGAGCAUGGCAGCCUGUGCUGGAGCUGGAACAGAGUGCAAGGGACAGUAAAGGCCAGCUCUUGGGGCCAGCACUUGUGUGCUCUAUAGCUUGGUGGCAGAUUCUGAGUGGGAAGUAUGGGACCAGUGUGUCUGCUGGGAUGGGGAGGCUGCCUUACAGUGCUGGGGCCAGCUGGUGGCUUCCAUGCAGUCACUUUCCUCCACGAUGUUGUCCUUUCCUAGAACAGUUAUUUACAUGUUGUUUUGUUUGCUCGCUGUCGGACUGAGGAGGAUUUGGGAAAUGGCAAUUGUUGUCCUGUCUCUUAUUCCUCAGGAUACUGUUUGCACCAUGGGUGUAGUUGGAGGUCAGCUUUUGAGGCAAUUUUGCUUUGCUUUGGGAGCAGGCUGUUUCUAUCCCACCAGGUAAAACCCAAAUCCUGACUUGGGACAAUGAAGUUGUAUCUCCCACCCCACCUUUGAAACACGUUGUUCCUGGAAGCUCCCACGGAGCUGCAUCUUGCUGUGUCUGCACCUUGUGUCUGCCCUUUCUGCAGGAACAAACCAGUGCUGUGUUAUCUCCUCUAGAAAGCUCCCAGCUCCAUGAAUUUGGGAUAGCAAGGCACUUGCCUAGUAUUCCUCACUGCUGUUUGCAUUGUUUUCCUUCUCCCUGCUUGUUUUCUCCCAGCUGAACAUGAUCGGGAGCUGCAGUGAGCGCAGUAAAGGGAUGCACAGGCCUCUUCUUUGUGGGCACCCAGUGCAAGCUUAAUAGGCUCUUUUGAACACUCUUGACAAUCUCUGAUUGAUCUUUCAUGUGGGGGAGGAGUAGGGUGAUUGCAUCCAAGGAAUUGUGCUAACAAAAGACCCUGUGCUUUGGUAUCUGCCUUCCCUGGGGAACAGCUUCCUCUGCCUUUUCUCCAUAUGUGAUUAUCCUGAGUGCAUUCACCUCUCCUUUGAACUGUUUAUAGCUGCAAGCAGUAUUUCUAUUAAGGAGCUGUCAGAUAUUUCUGAACUAAGUUUUUGCAUUCAGUGGUACCCUUUUGGUAUGUCCAGAUCCUGACCCUUUAGUUACAUUUCCUUCUCUGAUAUUGCUUUCCCCUGACUUUUGUCCUCUUAAAAACUGCAGCUGGCUGCAAUUUCGUAGCCACUUGCAGUCUUAUUUCUUGCCCUUACUAACCACUGGUAGAUAGAGUCAGAUUCAAAGGUCUCCCCUCAUGGCUGUUUUAAAAACUUUUCAGUAUUACUCUGGACUGGAACUAGCUUUUAUUUCUUUUAUGGGCUUGUUUUACAGUUUGAUCAGUGAACCAAAAAAGCCGUGUUUUUGUCUCUUCUGCUUCAGUUGGCUGAUGCAGAGCUUCCUGUGGGCCAGUCUCAAGGUAGUAUGUGCACUGGCAAAUGUUUUUCUGGAAGCCUGUGUACAAAAGCUGAGGACAACUCAUUUCAGAAAUGCUUAAUGACCUCCUGUAUAAAAUUCAGAGUACUUAGAGAGAAAACAAGGAUGCUGCAUCUGAACAUAUACAGGACAGCAUAUGCCCGGAUAAUGGACAUAAAGGAGUGCCUCUGUUGCACCAAGUGGUUUUGUGUGCACCUAUUGUGCAGGAAAUCCUUCACUACAGCCACAGAUUCCUGUGGGUUGGUGGGAAGGAUUGCAUGAUAAAUCACCUGUCCCUCCAUUUCCUGAGUUCUUCAAUAGGCGUUCUGGUGCUUCAGUGAGCGCUAUAAAACUGUGCUUUAAAGAGACAAAGUGGUUGGUAGGGUGUUGAACUUCUGAAGCAUGUUACAAAUUUAAAUUUUCUUAGUGGGGCUGUCUUUGGAUGGCUGCCUGUGCCCGGUGUGGCUGUAAUACAGGAUGUGGUGAGGAGGCACACCAAGUUAUUUAUGGACCUUUUGCUAGGUGACAUGUGUGCUGUGAUAGCUCCUGGCUCUGCUUGCAGCUUGCUGAGAAGGUGAAUAGGCACAGUGAUCCUUGGAAAGAAUGAAGAAUGUCCUGUUCCACUGGGACAGGGUCUGGAAGUGAGCAGUUGCAGGUGCAUGCAGUGUCAUCUGUUCAGUCUGGGUGCUGCUUGCUGGGGCUCCCAAGAGCCCUGCCAGGCUGUGAGUGACUGUCUGACCCUGCUGAGCCCAAGCUGCAGCACCUUGGAGAGUAGGGACAGUCUGCUGGACAGCCUGGCAGCCUGCUGGGAAAUCUUGUGAUGCCAGUGAGCAGGAAUGACUGUGAACAGCAUCUGCCUGCAUGCUUUGCCAGGAGAGGGCUCUGAGGGGAAAUUGCCUCUGCUGUGGUCCACUGGAGCUCAGACUGUUCCCUGGACACAUUUGUUUUUGCAGCAUAGCUGGUUCAUGCUUUUUGAUGCCUGCUCCCAGAGAGCCUGAUGUUAUAAGGUCAGUGGACCUGGACAAAAAGCAGUAUUCUGUUGCUGGGGUGUUUUGGUAAGUACCAUGGUAUUCCUGAGCUAGGGAAUUUAGUGUGAGCCAUAGCAAUGUGUGCUCCUUGUCACUUCCACUGCAGCUGCAUGGAUUGUGUGGCAUCCCUGCCUCAGAAAAGCAUGCAUAGUUGGGUAGAAACAGCCCAGAAGCUUGGUAUUGCAGUAGUGUUUCAAGAUGGAUGUCUCUGCCAGGAGGGGCUGUUUUUGAAGCAGUGCACACUGGAGUGUUUGCAGGUACCUCUAUGCUAAAAGGAGAGCUGCUCUGUAGCACCAGGCAAGCUGCAGCUCCUUGCUGUGGAGUGUGGGAUAGCUCUGGCCUGGCUGUGUUAGUGACGGGUUGGAGUAGCCAAGUGUCUUUCUAGGCAGAUCUCAGGUUUUUCACUCCAUCCUCUGAUCUUGUUUUUGUCACUGACUGCACAGGCUGAUGGCUCUUCCAUGGUUUUAACAACUGCCCUUUCAUAGCUUCCCCACUUUUCAGACAAGGGUUUGUUGUGUGUGGUCUGCACAGUGGCUUCACUGGUCUAGAUCAGUGGAUUAAGAGACCAGUGCAACAAAGGGGUUUAUAAACCUGAAACAACUGCUGGGCAGAGCUCUAUAUUGAAUUCUGUCUGGAGAAAGGAGACUUGCUAGGAAGGGGAGGCUGGAAUAGCCCUGCCAAUGCUGACAGGCCAUGCUCAUCCUGUUUGGGAGUUUAAAGUUCUGGGGAGGUUUGGCAUCACAGUGGCAGCUGCUCUUUCCUCCUACAAUGGGACUAACCACAUUAGCAGGAAUGUCCCCUGAGAUCAGGGUAGGAAGGAUGUGUAUCUUGUGUGUAAUCUGCUCUCCAGGCUGGCAAAACUUGUGGGAGCUCUCAGUCUGCAGCAGGGAGGAUCAGGAGGAAGCAGUCCUCAAGUCAGGAGGUGACAUUUAGGUUAUAUAUUGAUGUUGGCCAUCUCUCUGUCUGCUGCCUACAGUGUGCCAUGCUUUUCCUCAACACAAAUCCACAACACAAACAAGCACUAGGCCAGAGUGGUUCACUUCUUUUUGAGGCUGGCUCUGUUACUGAGUCUGUAGCUGAGUCUGGAGCUGGCUGUAGCUAUGGAGCCUGUAAAGGACAGUUGUGCUUAAAGGAAUCUGCCUGGGAACAGGAAGGGAGCAUUUCGUAAUAUAGGCUUAUCUUUGACUGGCUUCCGCUCUGGUGUUUGACUUGGUUUGAGAAAGCACUAUUUGUCUUGUUUAGAAGCUGUUUGCUUGCAGAGAUGCUGGCACACACUUGUCCAUGUGAGGAGGCAUGUCCAAACAUCAGAGGAUGGUUCAGCAGGCUUGAGAAGGAGAGCACAUAUACUCUGGAGCUGUUGGCUGCAGGCCUAACCAGAGGGAAUCCCAGAGAUCUUUGCUGGUCUGAGGGUGUCACUGCUGUCAGUGCUUUGUGGGGGUUCUGGAGAAAAUGGAAUACUCCUGUAUGGCCUUUGCCAGUCAUUUGUGUGAGUUUUGCUAUUGCAGCCAGGCUUGCUCUGUCCUGGUUUGGGAUCUUAUGACCUCUGCAUUGGCCCUCCUGCUUGGAACAGCCUCACUGUGCCGUGGACAGCAAACAAGCAGAGAGAUCUCCAUGCUGGCUCCUGUCCUGAGUAGCCAUUCUUUCAUUGGAAAUGCAGUGUUAUGAGUAGUUCAAGUCUUCGGUGUGCCUUGCUGGCAUGGUAACAUUUUGACAGCACCAAGAGAGCUGAAAGCCUGUAGUAGAUAAAGCUUUUAGGAAAGAGAAGUGCUCUGCACCCCGAGCACAGCACUGCUGGUGGUCCAUCUGCCACUCCUGGUGUGACUCCCUGGGUGUGGGGCUGGUGUACACUCAGUGAUGCUUGUUGUCUGACCUCCUUUAGCAAGCUUGUUUCUAAAGCAAAACCUGUUAUAACCUUCCUGUGAAGGAAAUAAUGGCUGGUCCAGGAAUAGUUUUGGCUGCAGUUUGGCUACACAUGUCAGACAGCAGUUUUGAAAAUCCUGAGGAAGAGGAUGAUUUUGUACAUCUUGUUCAAUGUUUAGAAAGAUUUUUAUAUUCUCUUUGAUAAAUCCAACAAAUCUCCUCUGUAAUCCUGAGUGAGUCUUAGUUCUUCCAGACAAAAUCAGUGAAUGCAGUACCUGUCUGCACUUUCCUUCCUUCACCUGGCUGCUUUCACACUGGUAGCAAGCAGCUCUGAUGGCUGUUGCUGGUGAUCAGUGGUAGUUACUGCUGCUGGCUGAGUCAUGCAUAGUGUUGAUGCCCUUAUCCUUUCCCCAAGCCUCCUUAUCUCACUGGUGCACCUGACCCAGCCUGGAAUGCCUGCCAUGCCUUGUCCUGACUGUUGUGUCUCUUUGGGACGUGACCUGCCCUGUUCCUUGCCUGUGUUGAGAGCGGCUGUGUGCUGUCUCAGUGGCGUUGCAGUGCUAUGAAAUACAUCUCUGAGCACAGAGGAAUGCUACGGGCCUGUGAUGGAAGAGAAGAAGCCUGGGGGGCCUCUGGGUGGCAGUCAGAGCCCCUGGGCAGAGCCCUGUGUGGUCCCUGCAGCGGGUGGGAAAGCUGCUUCAGAGGUUUAAUAGAGCAGCUGACCAAACCAGAGAUCAUCUGCCCAGAGAAUAAAGAGUUAGACACUCUUCCAAGGGCUGUGACUGGAGCAGGGCAGGCCUGGUAAAUGUGCAUACACAGGGAGGUGGUGGUGUUUGAUGCAGUUAAGAAUGGCCUGCCCGGUCAGAUGAGAACAGCAGAGGCUGAUGGCGUGGAUUUCCCCUUCUAUGGGGAUAGGAAAAUGAAAAAAAAAUGAGGUGCUCCAAUUCAGUACAGUGGUGCUGAGGUCCCAUUUAAUGCACUGCACUGGCCUCUUUUCAGUGACUGCAGUCUAUCUUGAAUGGCCAUUCCAGGGGGGAAAUGCUAACCAGGACACAAGGCUGUGAGGAAAACUAGGCAGUAGCAAGAAGCCAGCCGGGAAGACAAGGAAGGGUAGAUGUAUCUGCUUGCAGGACACUGUUUUCUUCCCAUUUGCCUCCUGACUGAGGAUGAAUUGCUUGAUGAUACCCUGCUCUUGGCUCUGCAGUCUGCGCCUGAAGAAACUCACAGUGCUGAAAGAGCUGGACAAAGAGCUGAGCUCUGUGCUUAUCGCUGUGAAGAUUCAGGGUUCAAAACGAGUCCUGAGGUCAAAUGAAUACAUCCUCCCACCUGGGGGCCUGAUGGAGACCGAGCUGGAGCUGACCUUCUCACUGCAGUACCCACACUUCCUCAAGAGAGAUGGCAACAAGCUGCAGAUCAUGCUGCAGCGGAGGAAGAGAUACAAGAACCGCACCAUCCUGGGCUACAAGACCCUGGCAGUGGGAAUCAUUAACAUGGCUGAGGUCAUGCAGCACCCGACGGAUGGCGGGCAACUCCUGGGCCUCCACAGCAACAUGAAGGAUGUGAACAUUCGAGUGGCUGAAAUCAGCAUCUACUCUCUGUCCAGUCAGCCCAUCGACCAUGAGGAUGGGAACGUCCCCUCAGGUCCUAAAAUCAAAGCUUCAGAUCGCUCCCCAGACAUUGAUAACUACUCUGAAGAAGAGGAUGACAGCUUCUCCUCAGAGCAGGAAGCCAGUGAUGAUGCCGUGCAGGGUCAGGAUCUGUUUGAUGAAGAGGAUGACUUGAGGAAAACCAAGAAGGCCAGGAGGAAAAUGAGCCGAACCACAUCAAUCAGCAGACAACCAAACUUCAAGCAGAAAUUUGUGGCUUUGCUGAGGAGGUUCAGAGUGACAGAAGAGGUCCUGGACUCUGACCCUGUAGACCAGACCCAGGAGGUGGAAGAAGACCUGGGCUUGCUCUAUGACAGCCUGGAAGAGUGCAACAACAGUGACAGUGGCCCAGAGAUGGAGGACAAUGAGAGUGUGCACAGCACACCCAAGCCCACCCUGAGGCGUUUCUUUGAGGGAGUCUCUCAUUCUGGUUCCCAGACUGAGAUCGGCAGUCUGCACAGCCAGAAAGGGCAGGAUCAAGAGUCGGGCAGCCCUGGCGAGGCAGACAAGCGGAAGCCAGGAGCGCAGCGACCACAGGAAGAGCAAGGAACAGAGGUCCCUGCAGUGGAGCUGGUGGCAGAGGAGUCGUGUUCCCGGCUGACCCCCACAGAGGCUGCCAUGAGGGAGGGCAGCAUGGACAGACUGGCCCAGCUGGGCCCUGGGUCCAAAGCCGAGCUCCCCAGUGCCGUGUCCCCCAGCAAGGCAGAGAGCAAGCAGCUGUGGCGUCCCCGCAGCACCUCCGUGAAGGACCGGCAGAGCUCAAAGGUACCAGGUGGCCGUGCCAGCAGCCUGGACAGUGAGAGCUCUCCAGACUCAUGGCAUAACACCCAGGUGCCUCGAAAGUCUGUUUACGAUCAGCUGAACCAGAUCCUGGUCUCAGACGAGCAGCUCCCCGAGAGCAUCGUGCUGGUGAAUGUCGCUGAGUGGCAGGGGCAGUACGUGAGUGAGCAGCUCCAGGCGCACAAGCAGCUGGUUGUAUCCACCUGCUCCGUGGCAGACAUCCAGGCAGCCUUCAACACCACUGUGUCCCGCAUCCAGCGAUACUGUAACUGUAACUCCCAUAUGCCUCCCCCGGUGAAGGUGGUGGUGGCAGGGGACCAGAGCUACCUGAGUGUUGUCCUCCGUUUCUUUGUGGAGCAGCUGGCCAGCAAGACACCCGACUGGCUCAACUACCUUCGCUUCCUGCUUGUACCGCUGGGCUCUCACCCUCUGGCCAAGUACCUGGCCUCGGUGGAUAACAAAUACAGUACUCUCUUCCUGGACACAGCGUGGCGGGAGCUGUUCAGCAGGGCUGAGCCUCCCACCGCAGACACUGUGGACAUAGCAGGCCGUGUUGCCCAGUUCAUCGCUGGAGCCAGUCUCUCUCACCAGCUCCCCAUCUCCGAGGCCAUGCUGACCUACAAGCAGAAGAGGAAGAGAAGUCUCUAUUUUGAUUUUUAUAUCAGCCCCGACGAGGACUCCUGCCAGAAGUUCGUCCCCUUUGUGGGGGUGGUGAAGGUGGGCCUGGUGGAGCAGUCUUUCAGUGCCUCCGUGGACUCGGAUGAUGCCACAGUCUGCACCCCCUCCCUGCUGAGCUCAGCACCAGCCUCCAGUGCAGCCCUUCCCUACGGCAAGGAGACCAUCUGCACCCCGCCACCCUCUCCGUCCGUCAGCAGCAACCUCUCGGGUGCUGGGUCUCCGAGCCCUGGUGUGGAGGUGAUGGGCCUGCAGGUGGACUACUGGACAACACAGGGGCCGGACAGGAAGAAGGAGGGUGACAAGCGGGAGACGGGUAUCAAGAACACACUCAAGAGCAACUUCCGCUCACUCCAGGUCAGCCGUAUCCCCAGCACAGGGGAGCUGGUGCCCCCCAGCACCAUGGCCAUGACCGUGGUCACCAAGGAGAAAAACAAGAAAGUGAUGUUCCUGAGCAAGAAACCAAAAGAAAAAGACUUAGAACCCAAAAGCCAAGUCAUUGAAGGGAUCACACGCCUCAUCUGCACAGCCAAGCACCAGAACACCAUGUUGCGAGUCUCCAUAGAUGGGGUGGAGUGGAACGAUGUGAAGUUUUUCCAGCUGGCAGCACAGUGGCCAACACACGUCAAGUACCUCCCUGUGGGCAUCUUCGGCUACUCGAAGAGUGUGUGAGACAUUGGGGCAUCCCUGGAAUGGAGCUGCAGUGGGUUGCAGGAGACAGGGAGAUGGACAUGCUCUUGUCCCCAUCUUCUGCAGACCAGUCCCUGCCUGCUCAGUGGGGGGGGAUACUACACCUACACCCUGUGGGCCAAGACCCGUGAAGGUGAGGCCAGUGAGACCGGGUCCAUGCACCCUCCAACACCAGCCAGGACACCAUGCCAUCUGCCUCCCAUGUCCCCCAAGAGCAGCCUGGGACAAGGGUUGGCACCAGCCAGCAGGGCCCCAGGAUGGGCUCUGGGCCCCACUCUCCCCAGAUGCACCUGCCAGGCCAGCCCUGCAGCCAGCCAGGGUCCCAGCUGGGCUGGACCCAGGCAGGUUCCCCAGUGCUGCAGCCAGCCAGACUGCUCUGUGCAGGGGCAGGUGCUGAGCUGGGCCCACCACCCCUGUACCACCCUUGCCAGCCCCACUGCCAGCCUUGCACUGCUGUGCUGGCCCUGCCCUCUGCAGCACAGCCUCAGCAGCUUUUCCAGUCCCCCUUCAGCCCUGCUGCUGAGGCUGUCCUCUUCAUCUCCCCAUCCCUUUCCAACCAGCCCUACCCCAGGGUGCUGCCAGCUGGAGGUAUGGGGUGAGGGCACCUGAGUUUUUUUUUUACAAGAUUCUAUUUUUUUUAAAUUUAUUGUAUGGUUACUUUUCGGGAUUAAUUUUAAUAAAUUAAUGCUGUUACCAUUA